CCCCAACCCGCCGGCGGAAUCCAAACAUCCAAACAAGCAGAGUGGGAAUAAACACGGUCUGGGCAAUGGUAGAAAUAAGCGAGGUUUAUGGAAGUGAAGCUGGGCGUUGAGCUUAAACCCAAACGAAUUUUCUGUGCGUGAUUUCCGACAGGAUUUCCCCUGUCUCAUCGCGCUGUCUGUGCCAGGGCACGGGUGCCUGCCCGAGCUCCUGGAGACAGCCUGGGGCUCACCCGCAGCCUCUGUCCCUCUGCAGGUGCUGAGCCACGAUGGGUUUGGCUGAGGACAAAGUGUACUUCCACAUUACGAGAAACCUCAAGAAGUUCAGUGCUAUCCGAGUGGCGUCGCUGGCCGAUUCCCUGACCUGCCUGGUCGAUUCUGACAGAGAUGAACUCCUGGCCCGGGAGGAGACACGAGGCAACCAGGCAGCUGUGUUUAAGUUCUAUCAGCACCUGAAGUGCCGCAGGGGCUGGGUGCAGGAUCUCAUCCAGGCGCUGCACCACAACAACGCAGGGCACUUGGCUGAUGAGCUGCAGGAAAUCUAUGAUGCCUGGCAACCUCGACCUCGUUCCUCAGCUCCUGCUGCUGCCCCCUCCCUUCCCAGUGAUGCCCAUCCCAGGCCCUCCUCCAUCAGUGCCCAGACACCACCCCGGGAGCCAAAUUCUGCCCCGCUGGCUGGGCAGCCACGCCGAGACCUGGCCACGGGUGACCAUCCCCCUGUCCUGCCCAGUGCUGGAACCACCACGAGCACAGAGCUGGAGGCCAGGCUGCCUGUGCAGGAAUCGCUCCCCAAAAAACUCCCGGAGCAAGAGAGUCCCCGGCCGGUUCCACCUGGGAGCAAAGUCCAUGGCGGAGCGAGCGGCGGGCACAGCGCAGAGGGGAAUCUCUCACACCCCACCGGGGCCAUGCCAGUGUCACCAGGGACACCAGGGGUGGCUGUGCCACCAGCUGUGUCCCCAGAGCAGGGCCGGGACUGGCUGAGCCGCCGGCCGGUGUGUGUGGACAAUGGGUUUUUUGGGAAUGCCAACCACCUGCACCGCGGCACACCCGGCCUGGGCCUGGGCAGGGCUGCUCCAUCCAGGGAUGCCGGUGCCACUCACAGCCCUGGGCAGCCCAGGAACGAGCCCGAAGAGAGCUCAGAUAUCUUCACAGAGCCACCACCGAGCCUGGAGGGAGCCACUUGUGCUGUGCCCCCAAACCCAGUGCCAACAAAGCAGCCUGUGCCAAGCUCUGGGCAGGGUGAGCCCACGUGCUUCAGUGGAAACAGCUCCCCUGGGUGCCACCCCUGUGCCCAGAGCCACUGUCCCAUCCCGUGACAGCUCUGUGAAGUCCCUUACGCAAGAGAAGAAGCUGCCUGUUGGGAACAGAGCCAGCAGCACCCCCUGUGUGCCAGCCAAGGAGAGAGUGCUCCCAGCCUCGGCAGACCCUGUCCUGGCCACAGCUGUGGUAGGCGGCUCCCAAGGCGUGGCUGGGAGAUCGGCUUGCCGGGUGAGCUCUGCCACCAGCAUCUGGGCACCUCAGAGUGAUGAGGAGAAGGAAGAGGAGCUCAGCAAGCCAGGUGUCCUCAUGUCCACGCCUCAGGGCAGCCCAGAGGUGGCCAGCACACACCCGAGCUCUCAGGAGCCCAGCAACCCCUCCAGCAGCCUUGGCCUCGGCAGCGACCCAAUCCUGGUGAGUGAGGAUAGCGUGAGCUCAGGAGCAGCACUGCCCAGAGUCUCCUCAGUUCCUGCAGGCCCCAGAGCAAAGGAGGCACCUGGAGCAAGGAGAGACUCCUGUCCUGCUCCAGGCUGGGACAGCAGCUCCCUGGGCACCCACGAGCUCCGUGUGGAUCAUCACCCCAGCGUCCAGCUUGGAGCCGGCACCGAUGGGGUCACUCCCCUUGGAAGCGCCGUGAAUUCCAGCUCUGGCAGUGCCACCAGCUCCCCUCAGGGCAGAGCCCCAAAGGGGGACAGCAAUGGCCUGUCCCUGCUGUACAUCCUUCCAGCUGUGGGUGUCAUUUCUGCCGUGGUGUUCGCCGUGUACGCCCGGCUGCGGAAAUAGCGAUGGGACAGCCCGCCAGUGACACAGCCAGGGGCUUCCUCUGGCAACAGGAUUUUGGCCAAUGCAUUUGAAGCCUGAAGAGUAGCAAAGGGCAGUAGGGGCGUUGUUAAAUCUUUUUCUGGAAGGUUCUGCUGGAAGAGGCCUUGGUACAUGAUGCUGUUGGGUUUGGGUCCGUUCCCUCCCAUUUCCCAGCCAUCUUCUUGGCUGUAGCCUUCUCUUUUUACAGCCCUCAGGGAGAAGAUCUCGCUCCAAAAUGUUCCAUUGAGUCAAAAAGAAAAGCACUUAUGGUGAUUCUCCAUGUCUUGUUUGGUCCCAGGAAGUCUCAGGGAAACUGGUGAUCCAAAGGGUGACCUCCAGGUCCUUUGUGCAAUGCAGCCAGGAGAGGUGGUGCAGGUAUCCUGUAACAGCAGAGCUCAUUUUCUUGGCUCUGCUCAUCUUGGCUUGAAAAUGUGCCCAAGGGUGGGUGCAGCAGCCUCCACUGGACAUCUCAUGUUCAGUUUGCCUUCCUUGGUGUCUCUGGCUCUGCUGCUCCUUCUGGGAUUGUUUCAUGUAGUACUGACCCUGGGGAUAAACAUGAGGGUCAGGAAAGAGCUGCAUCUAACAAGGAUUAUCAAGGAUCAGCCUCAUUUCACCCCCUCCAGGCAGGGAAAGGGGUUUCUCAUUUAAGAGGAAUGUUUCAGGCAAUGCCAACUUCAAGCAGACUUGGUCCCACAGAAAGUUGCUGGCUGUCUUUGAUUUUUAGGCUGGAUCUUUGCAGUUGGGUUGGAAGGGUGGAUGGAAUUCCUGAUACCUGUUGUUGUGGGGUUGGGGUAUAGGAGCCUUCUGCCCAGGCUGGAACACAAACAGGAUCAACUGCAGGGAGGCCACAGCAGAGUCUGAGAUGCUCUGGGCUGUGGGGAGACCUUGGAGCACCUUCCAGUGUCUGAAGGGCUUGGAACAGACUGGUCCUGGGGGAGGUGUCCAUGGCAGAGGGCUGGGGUGAGAUGCUCAUUGAUGGCCCUUCCCACCCCAACCAUUCUGUGAUUCUAAAAUACAGCAAAGCAGGGAAGCAGCAACAGCUUGGAAUAAUUACAUUGCUCCAGGCUGUUCCAAGCCCUAUUCAGCUUGGCCUUGAACUGUUCCAGGGAUGGAGCAGCCACACCUGUGUCAGUGCCUCACCACCCUCACAGGGAAGAAUUUUUUCCCAGUAUCCCAUCUAUCCCUGCCCUCUGACAGUGGGAGCCAUUCCCCUUUGUGCUGUCCCUCCAGAUACUUGUCCAAAGUCCUUCUCCAGCUCUCUUGUAGGUACUGGAAGGUGCUGGAAGGUCUCUCUGAGUGUUCUCCAGGCUGAGAACUCCCAGGUCUCCAGAGCAGAGGGCUCAGUCCUGUGGCCUCACUGCAGCAGCUCCACAUCCUUCUGAUGUUGGGCACAGCACUGCAGGUGGGGUCUCACCUGAGCAGAAUCACUUCCCUCAUCCCAGUAACUUAUUCAUCCUGAAGGAGUUCCUAAAAUCCUCUCUUCCUGCUGGCAGGGAGCUCAGCCCAUCACACCCAGAGGUUGGCCUGUGGUGGGAAAGGUCACUCAGCCCUCAAUGGCUGCUCCUCCCUCCCAAUAGUUCCCUUCUGCCCAAAAAUGCAAGAAGUGCCUCCAUGAAGCAAGGCCAGCCAGUAGAUACAGAAGGGAGGUGUUGAUGUGCUGUGUCAGAGCUGCUUUCCAGAAGAGCUCGAGGUGUUCAUUCCUUGCUCAGUGCCUGCUGCUGAAGGAGGGAGGGACAACCCUUCAAACACACCCAGCCCCCUCUGCCAGGAGAGGGAUGUGGGGCUGCUCUUCCCAUCACAGAUAAAAUGGUUUUCACUCCCUAAAGGAGGGCCUUGCCUUCUCCACACUUUGUGUAAUUCGGGGCAGAUCCAUGAGAUCCCAAACCAGCCUCAUCCAUACCAAGGCUCUCUUCUCUGAUGCUUUACUUGCCUGUGCAAUUCUUCCCAUGUUUUUCCGUACAUUUAAGCAACAGCUUGUAUGCUUUGCCUUUUCAUGUUGGGUUUCUCUUGUGGAACAGCUGGUUUGUCACCACCUCACACUGAGGAAAACAGUUCAGAUUGCUGCUGUGAAGUGCCAGGAUUUUCACAGUUGUUAUGUAGCACUUUAAAGCCUCAUUGGCAGGAGAUGGUGCAGGAGGGAGCUGUGUCCCAGCACAUCUUUUACUAACAGGCUAAAAAGCCUUUCACUAACUAUAAUAAAUUGGUUUGAUGCUUCA